AUGAUAACAACUAUAGUUCGGAAACAUCUUGCUGAAAAGCUAAGACCAGCUAGCGUUCUCUAUGUUACAUCACUUGGAGGGUGUUCCGGAACCUUCCAAUAUUCUAAAACAAGGGGAGAUCAACCGAAGAAGUCUUCAGCAAAGCCAACCAAUUUAGUCAAGCCAAGUAUUAAAAGAGAAUUUGAUCCUAAAGGAAAAUACAAGCUUUUUUCUGAGGAGCCAAUAGUUGACAACAACGAUGAAGAAGAGCUUGAUGAAGCAGAACUCAAAAGGCGAAAGGCUCAUGAGGCUGAAUUGGAUGAGAAUCAAAGAAUAUUGAGAGAGGCUGAAGGCAAGGAGAAAGCUGUAAGAGAAUCAAGGUCCGCUCUUGAAAGUAGGAAACUCUUGUUUCUUGUUUGGACGCUACAAAUAAUUCAAAUUCAACCUGUUGAUUCACCGAAUCAGUAUUGGUUAGAAUCGGUUGUGUCGUUCGAUCUUCAGAACACUCAGGACUCACAACUGGAUCUUCCAAUUACAUCUAAAGCCUUCAUGUUUUGUUCUUUUAUCAAGGUUGCGAAUGUCCCCGUCUCUGAUAAUGGUACUAAUAAGCUUUACUUCUAA